AAGACUUCACAUCAGGAUGGGCUCGGUAAUGCUAUCUGUAGUGUUUUUGCUCUCAGAGUUAACUCUUGCCCAUGGAAAUCAAGGAUGCGGCAAGCGACCAAUUUCUACACGUGUGGUGGGUGGAAUUAAUGCUGAGCCAAAUUCCUGGCCUUGGCAGAUAUCUUUGAGAGUUAAAGCGCGAGGAAAACUGUAUCACAUUUGCGGAGGAUCUCUCAUUUCUCCGACGCAUGUUGUCACCGCAGCACACUGUGUCGUGCAAAAUGCCGCUCCGAGUCGUUACAAAGUUGUCGUAGGUGAACACGACCAGACCGUAGAAGAAGGUGCAGAAAAACUGAUAGACGUGGCUGCUGUCUGUUAUCACGAAGGAUUCUCCAUGAAACAUAUACAAAACGAUAUCGCCCUGCUCACACUCGCCAAACCGGUAGUGCUGAGUGACAGGAUUAACAUCGUUUGCUUACCACAGCAAAGUCGACAGGUUCCCGCCGGAACCAACUGUUACAUAACAGGUUGGGGGAGAAUCAUCGGCGGUGGAAAACCAGCAAAAAUCCUUCAACAAGCUGUCAUGCCAGUAGUGGAGCAUCAGACAUGUGCAGUGGCCAACAAAGAUAUUGUGCCAGUGGAUAAACACAGCAUGGUAUGCGCUGGAUAUGCGACAGCAGGAAAUGUGAUCAGCGGCUGCCAGGGAGACAGUGGAGGUCCAUUUGUUUGUAAAGAAAAUGGGCAUUUUGUACUUCAUGGGGCUGUGAGCUGGGGACAUCCUCGGUGUGAAGCAGAGACCACUUACACCGUUUUCACCCGCAUAAGCUCCUAUGUGGAUUGGAUCAAUCAUAAAAUCGCCAUGGGAGGUUACGGACAAGGAUGUGCUCCAACCCCUGCUCCACCCACAAAACGACCCUGUUUUGACCGAUGGGGCACAGAACAUUGCCAGCGUUAUAAAGGACAGUGUGGAGUACACACUGUGAGAAUCAGCUGCCGUAAAACGUGUAACUUCAGAUGUUAA